AUGCCUGACCACCCCGUUCGCGUCAAGUCUACCACGUCUCGCUCAUCUGUAUCCACUCAGCCAGCACCCCCUGCCUCUCUGAAUAACACUGCGCUCCUAGCCCUCCUCUUCGCGCUGUUCGCCACCAUUCUCGCCGUCCCCUCCGCCCGGUCAUUCCUUGCAGCUCGAACCACACGUCUCGUCCCUCUCCUCCGUAUCCCGGAGAAUCAGACCAGAAGAACUAUCGUCAAUCCCCCCAACUUCGCCAUGCCCGCUAAGGCCGAUAACCCCAAUGAUCCCCGGUGGAACUACUUGGCGGAGGGUAUGGACCGGUAUCACGCCCACUUCAGGUGGGAGUUCAACCGGGUCUACGACCUCGCGGAUGGCGGGUUCCACAAGGAGGGCAUGUCGCUCCCUCGAUUCAUCAGGGAAGCUGCGCAGCUCUCACAGCAUCUGGACAUGCAUCACAGAAUAGAAGCCCAUAUCUUCCCUAUCCUCGGCAAGAAGAUGCCUCAGUUCAAGUCUGGAGCUAGAGAAUCGGGCGAACACCUCAAAUCGCACAAACAGAUCCAUGAUGGUCUGGACCGGUACGACGCGUUCUUGAAGGCGGUGAUGGCGGAUAGCAGUCAGUAUAGCUCGACCGGAUUGAGGGGGAUCAUGGAUGGGUUCAGGGGGGUUCUGUUUAGACAUCUAGACGAGGAGGUACACGAUCUCGGAGCGGAGAGUAUGAAGGCCGCAGGCUGGACGUUGGCCGAGCUUAGACAGAUUCCCAUGUAA